AUGGGACGUCGCAAGAUUGUUAUUCAACCGCUGGAAGACGAACGCAACCGUUCAGUAACAUUUCUCAAACGAAGAGCGGGACUGUUCAAAAAGGCCCACGAGCUGUCUGUGCUUUGCCAGGUAGAUAUUGCCGUGAUUGUCUUUGGCGCCAACCAGAAGCUGUAUGAGUUCUCGUCAACAGACACAAACCAGCUCAUUCAAAGAUACCAAAAGUCCAUUCCCUACGAAAAGAAGACGCCUGAGGACUACAAUGGUAAAAAGCGGGCGGGCGGCCACAGAGCCACGGGAAGCGUCACGAGCAUCAAGAGCGAGCCCACCGAUGAGGACGACGAAGAGGAGGAGGAGGAUUCUAACAACGGAACACAAAACGCCACCCCUCAGAUGCCCCCCAACGUCACGCCACGGAUGGCCCAGAGCGUGACUCCGCAGAUGCCUCAAAACGUGACACCUCAGCAGCAGCUGACUCCCCAGCAGCAGGCUCAGCAGUCUCAGCAAGCCCAGCAGGUUCAACAGGCUCAGCAGCAGCAAAUGCCUCAUCCCCACCACCCCGAGCAGCAGCGUUACUAUGACUACAUGAGCAUGGGACAGAUGGGCCAGCAUCCCCACCAGCAGCAGAUUUUACAGCAACAGAUGAUGCAGCAACAACAGCACCAUCAUCAAUUGCAGCAACAGGCACAACAUGCUCAGCAGCACCAGCAGCAUCAGCAUCAACAGCAUCAGAACCACCAACAGCAACAGCAUCACAAGAGCCAAUUCACCCCCAUUUCGCAGGAAAUGAGCUCGUUGGCGGGCCACCUGUUGGACAUUCGGCGUGGAACUAACGACAUGCCACCUAGUUCUAUCCCCGCAACCGCUGGAGGAAACCCUAUGGGCCAGGGCGUGGCCGGGGCAGGGAGCGGAUACAUUCCAGGAUCCGAGGGCUCGUCACGGGUCUCGUCUCGACAGAACUCGGUAACCAGGCCAAAACUCAAGGUUCAGAUUCCGGGCGAGAAACGAGGCAGCACGGGAGGCAACUCUGGACCUGGAGGUCAAGGCUCCACAGCAGGACAGGCAGGGAACUCCAGAUCCACAUCCGGGGAAGGCACACCGAUAGAUGGGUCCAAGGACGAAAACACCUCACACGCCGCGCUGCUUUUACCACCACCCUCUCCCUCCUCGUACAUUAAUAACUCGGGAGUGGGCCCUGGAAACCCCUUUGCGAAACCCACGCUUCUGAAUGGAGAACAAACGCCGUUGUCGGCAGCGUUACCAUCGCGGUACAUUAACGACCUGUUGCCCAGUCCGUCAAAUUUCUACGGCACAGAGUGGAACUUCAACCCCGGGUCUGCAGGGGGCUCUUCCUUUUCUGCGGGAGGCUCCUUGAUACCCACCAGUGCCUGCAAAGAUAAGAAGCGGGUGGAUAACAGCGAUAGUAAGUUGGACCCUAAGAAGCAGAGGUUGGGGUGA